AUCAGCCCUUCCCGAUUGCUGACCUACGGACUGCCCGGUCCGGGGCGAGGCUAGACUCGCUGCUCCGCGGUGUGUUUCGCCAUGGCUGGUACCUGGCGAGUGCUGAUUGAGUCCCUACAUGACUUGGGCUCCGCCUCCUACCGAGUGGGCGAUCAUUUGAAGCUCCUGGGCCAUGCAGUGCAUCACGAUGGAAAUGAUCCGCACCUGCGAAACCUGGUCGUGGAGGUGAAGAGUGGCAACAAGACGAUGCUCGCCACCCAGAUCGACACGCAUCUUCCACCACCGGGGCGGAGGCGCACGCCGCCCUUCAGCGUGCCGGAGGGGCAGGGGGAUCUCAUCACACUGAACGAGGUGCUCUUUGUGCCGCAGCCACCACACCGUGAAGGGGCUGUGCUCCGGAUCCUCAAGCUGCAUAGGCACCAAUCCGACGCCCUGCUGGGGGAGGCGAACAUCGCGCAGCCCAAAGGGUCAAUGGCCUUGAAGCUCCAACGCAAAGGCGCUCCGCAGGGCGUGGCGAUGGUGACGGUGACCACGGGCUUGCCAUCUGCGAAGGGCAAGGCUUCUCCAGCUGUGCCGCCUCCUGUGCGAAGCGUGGACUCGCCGCCGCUGGCCGGUGAGGACAGCGUGAAGAGUGGCCAGUCCCAUAGCUCCCGCGCCACGGGCAACUCGCGCACCACCGGUCAUGGUCGGCAUGUGGCGGACAUCUUGGCCCCUGAGCCGGAUUCGCCGCCGACCGGCGGCGCCGGCGUGACCCUGCCACCCCCGCCGCCGCUGUCGACUGAGGUGCCGCAGUCCUCACCUCAAAGCACCCAAGAAGCCAAGCAGAAGUCGCCGAAGAAGGAGAAGAACUCCGAGGCGCCCACUGCGGUGAGUGAACAGGGGGACAUUUUGGCAGAGCUGUUCGCCUGCGGUGUCGGCAUCCUCAAAGGGGUGGCAGAGAUGUGCCAAAAAGCGGAGGAGGCCCCAGCUGAGAGACCAGUAGCCCCUGCUCGGUGACGAUCGAAACAUGUACGUUCGCCCGUCCGACCCGAGCUCAUUGAGCCAUUUCUGAA